AUGUCAGUUUUUGAGCCCAAGACAAUCCUUACUUUCCUCAAAACCUCGACGGCUGUCUCACCUCUCGAGAAGAAUGUUUUUGAGAAGAAUUGGAAGGCUAGUGUCAAAAAACGUGUCAGCACUUGGAACGUGUCGCGCAGCCAUAUGAACAACCCACGUCCGCAGUUUCAGCUGCAGUGGGAGGCUGAAGUCGUAGAGUAUGUCCAGUUUCUGUGGGACAAGACUCGGCCUUCUCGAUCAAAGAAAACCGAGCCUAAUAAGUUGGGCUUCAGUGUUCCUUUGCUUGGGCCACGGUUUGUACCUCCGUCUGACCUGCAUGUCCAGAAGCGCUCUGGAGUGGGUGGAGCCAUCGAGCCGACAACACAAUACCUCAAACCACUCAACAUCGUGCAUCCGUUCUACUACCCACAGCUUGCACAGUGUCCGAGAUGUGGGUCCAACCAGGAUACGACUUGGGAGGGCUGGACCAGUAAAGGAGCUCGAGAACUCCAUGGUCUGUUCUGUGAAGAGGCAGCUCUGGGGACACAGCUCCGAUGCAACCACUGCAAGGAAUUGUCGAAGGCAAAGACCACAAAUGGUGCUGCCAGUGGUUUGGUGGCUGACACUGAGGGAUAUUGCUUUGCAACGACGAGUGCGAUGUACUGGAAAGGCUGGGAGCAUUGGAGAAUCCCACGUGGUUUACCUAUAUUUUUCUACCGCUGCGGAUUGACGCAGGACCUCUUCGACCUGCUCGUUGAGUUACGACCAUCGUCGACCUCUGCAGGUCUCGAAGAACAUGUUAGGCAACUGCAUCUCUUUGAGCACAAGCGCCGAAUGUUGGAGUACCUUGAGGCUGUCAGAGCUCACGAAUGCCAGAAUGAUUCGAAGAACACACUUGGAAACUACUUCAACAGCGCUAGCGUUACUUCGGGAAGACACCUUCAAGCAUUCUCAGAACCCGAUGACCCGCUUGGCUACGGUGACAAAUCCAUCUCUCGUGACACGAUAACCGAGGUUUUCAUUGACUUUUCGACUCGCACCAGGCAGAACGAGAGUGCAAAUUACUUGAAGUCGCUAUCAGCAAUAUGCGCUUCUCUGGACAACACAUUCAAGGCCGCAAACAAGGCGACACUUACAAACAAGGACGGGCAAAAGAUGAAGGAAAUCAAGGGCGGAAUACUCACUGUCCUGAACGAGGGCAACGAGAUCAUUUCUUGGCGGUUCUGUCAGACACGUGCAAACGCAGAGAUCACAGAGCUCCUGCUAGGCCUUAAGCAUCGUCAUAAUGUCCUUGGCCUCCCGCAGCCAAAAAUGAUCAUCGCUGACAACUGUUGUCACAUACGUGGCGCAGUGGCAUCCGCCAUGCCUGAGACAGAGGCCAAGCUGGACGUGUGGCAUUUCAGUGCCAGAUAUGUUGCUGCAAUAUUGAACACGAGCAAAAGUCCGUUCCGCAGCGCCAUCGCUGCUGAUAUCUCGGGUGCAAUCCUCAAGAAGCACGCAGAACAUGGACGUCCAGCAGAAUAUUGGGAUCGCGGGGAACAAGAGCAACGCCUUGUCGUGGCGUUCGAUAAAUGGGCUGAAAAAGGUGUGUGGUCAGCAGCAGCACAGAAGGUACACCAAGAACAACUUAAGCACGUCCGAAAAGGGUGUCUCGAGCGCUCUGAUCAACACCUUAGGUCUGAUGGCAGUCGCAUUGAGGGCACCCACAAAGGUUGGAACUCGUUGCAGCGUGCUCAGCCGAGUGGCAUCACGAUGUUGUGCGCGCUUGGCCAUGACUUUGUCCUCCGUCGAAAUGUGAGGGUCGCUUACAGUAGGCGUGAAAUGACACCCUUCGUGAAGUUCACGCACGGCUCCCACCACAUCCACCUCUCUACCCACGUUGCAAAGCUUUACAAUGGACUGCGGGAGAAGGAUGGCUGCACACUGCUUCCUUUGCCCGAACUCCCUGACGUGGACUCUGGUGAAACCUUCGGAUUGGUUAUGUCGGAUAACGCAGCCACAUUUGGUGGUUUGCUCAUCAAGGAAGAGACCGUGGACACUGACCUCGCACACGACUUUGAGAUUUACACAGAUAGUCUUACCGGCGGGACUGUAGAUUUCGCAUCCGAAGCCAGCCAUAGUGUCAUGGUCAAUGACUGGCAAAUUGAUCCGGCACUUCUCGAACGACCUGCUGCACAGCCUACUCAGAACUGCUUUGCAGGUACAUUGAGGCCUUCGACUGAUGCCGUGACUGUUUCUAGCGACAUUCUCAUUGUGCCUCCCUCUCCGACCAAACGCAAGGCCCCUUGCAUCUCCUUGGACUCUGAUGAUGAGUCAGACAGUACCAAUACCGUGAAACGACUGCGGACUCUGGUUUCUCAGCCCACAGGCAAUGUGUUAGUACCACCAGGCAGCCAGCAGCCAGUGGCAGAGACGCUCGACAGCUACUUCUCCUCUAGGCGCAUCACAGCACGAGAUGCCAAGUCCUGCAACAAACCCAACAGUACUAGUAGCAGCGCUUCAGACCCUUUCUCCUCAGGCACUUCGACCACCGUCAGCACCAGCACAGCCCCCACUCGCAUGAUUCACGGCAGUGUUGCUGGUGUUGUCCGACGAGUUGAGUCGUCUGGCCAAACACGAUCCCAGCAGCUGUUCUCCCUUGCCACCGGGAUCGAUUCCCGUUCAUUGACACUUCAAGAUUCUAUUGAGUUCUACCUAUUCAUGGACAUGCGUGCCGAAUUCAAGUGGCUAUCCUAUCAAAUGUCCUCGAAGCGCUGGGUCCUGGCUACCGAAGAGUACAACCAUCGUCUCGCGCAGAAAAAGGGCAGUUCCGUUGUCGAGAAGAACCCGCAGGCACUCCUACGUGCGCUGGGUGACAUCGAGCCGAAACUGAUGAACCGGAUCAUCAAGAAUGAAUAUACCUCAAAGAGGAACGACGAAUCAUUUUGGCGCCGUCAUUGUUCCGUUGUUUCCCUCGUCAAGGAAGACCGAGGGAAAAAACCCCGAAAGGCACAAACAUGCUCGCGCUGCCAAACGAUCAUGUACCCUGGCCCCGAAAACUCGCCACUCAACCACAAGCAGGGCUACUGUGCCGAUGGCGUCAAACAGGUGUCGAAGAACAGCGGCGAAGAACUCCCUCCCUGGCCUCAGCCUCAAGGUGUCUUCUCCGAAGGCCGCACAUUCCACCCUCACACAUUUUUAUUAGCUGUUCAGCGUGUCUACGAGUAUGUUUUCUUGCAGGGACCGGGAGAGAUAGAUUUGCUUGAAACGGAGGCCUUCGCGAAGCUGCUUGUCUCACGCACUGAGGUCCAUGAUGAUGGCGCAGUGCUUUUCCGGCUGUUCACUGACUUCGUGGUUGACCCGUCCACCCCCCGUGACUGCAUUAUCAUCCGCAACGACGAGCAGUGGCUGAGGAUCAACUUCCUCCAGCAGCCAUAG